ACCUUUAAACUUCACACGAACAAGAACUCAAGCAGGAAGAAAACAAACCCGCAGCUCUCAGCUGCUGUAUUUGCGGGACUGAGUUUUCCUGAGAGUUUUUGCACGGGCGAACAUGGGAGGCAGAGAAUGUUGCGUGAACUUCUGCGAAAGCAGCUCCCACGACCCGCAGGGCAGGAUGCUCCUGAACGGGCUCAGCUUCCACUGCUUCCCCGCCUGGAGGACGAAGGAAGGCUCCCUGAUCUCAGAGCUGACGAGGCGGCGGAGGGCUGCGUGGGUGGCGGCAGUGGGCCGGCCAGACAUCACGUUCGACCGCAUCCCGUCCUCCAUGAGAGUCUGCUCCAAACACUUUAUCUCCGGAAAACCGGCGUACGAGAUGUUGGACAAGGAUCCAGACUGGGUGCCAUCUCUGCUGAUGCGUCGCAAGGUUGAGGAUGAAGGAAACUCCAAGAAGAAAAUCAGAAAGCAGGUCCUCAAGAAGAAAUCAACCAAAAGAGCCAACAGUGCCACUGCAGUCAGGAAGCCCCCCCCGCCACCCUGGAGGGCGGUCAGAUCCACCCUGCGGUCUCUUCUGGAGAGCAGAGCCGCUGGCGCCCAGCAGCCCCCAGUCAGUGCUCAGAACCAGGCUGCUGAGAAGAGGGCCGACACCAGCUUCAGGGACUUCUUCAGGAACGCUCUGGAGACGUCUCUGGAGGCCUCCAUCCAGGCCAGAGCUCGGUCUAAGAGACAGCCGUCAUCCGCCGAGUACGAAGUGCAGCUGAACUUCAAGCUUCCGUCUCCUGAAGGAGAACCGGGAACCAAGAAAGGUUCCUCCUGCAGGAGCUGCUCCAAGAAGCUAAGGAGGAUCAAGGAGCUGGAGCAGCAGCUGUUUAAACUCAGCAGCCGACAGAAGCGAAGAGGCAGAGACGAGGCUUCAGCAGCUGGAAGCCGACCAGAUCGGUACAGUUUGGAGGAAGAGAUCUAUGAGUUGGCGGGUCACAUUAAACCGGUGGACAGUGAAGGAGAACCGGACCCUGAAACCGCCCCCUUCAGCUCCGACCCAUCCUCUCCCGACUCGCCUCCCUCCACGUCUCGCCGCCCUUCCGCAGCCCGCCGGCCCCUGCGCUUCAGGAAGCAGUGGCUGGCAGAGUUCCCAUUCCUCCGGUUCUCCCCAUCCCUCAACGUCAUGUGGUGCCACGUGUGCCGCAUCCAUUCGGGCCCGUUCCCUCGCAAUCACCAGUUAAUCAAAGGUUCCAAAAAUUUCACCAGAUACAGCAUCGUCAAACACAGCAACUGCGUCUACCACAAGCAGAACAUGGAGAGGAGCCGGUGGAGCAGCAGCCAGACUGACAGUCCUCUUGUUUGGGUUCUGGGCCCGGGCCACAGAGGGCGACUGAGUCUCUGCAAACAUUCAGAGGCGAACUUUGCAGCCGCAGCCGCAGCGGUCGGACGAGGGGGAGGAAGGAGAGAGAGACUGAGCCCGGACAGAGGCUCAGUGUCCCGCAGCGCGGCGGCUUCAGGUGGGUCAGGCUCCGUGGCCACCGUGGCCACUGAAAAUGGCUGCAGAGAAGAGCCGGCAGCUCGCCAGCAGGCUGCAGCUCCUCUGCUCCUGCAGGAGGAGGAGCAGGAGGCGCAGCGGGGCCGCAGAGUGCGCAGUUAUCCGGAUAUCAGAGUGACGCACAAAGUUAAACAAGUUUUAGUUUGA